AUGAACAAUGAAUUUGUUAAGAUGUGUUCAAUAACACAAAAUAAGGAAGAAUAUAUUUGUAUGAAUGAAUAAUGUUGUACAUCUAAUAGGAAAUAGGUCUAAUGUUAUGAAUGUAUAACUAAAAUACAUCGUUAGAACAACAAUAAUUUCGUAAAUCACAUUGACGAUUUUAAGAAGAUUAGUUUGAUUAUGGAGGAAGUUGAAAAGAGAAAAAAAGAUAGAAUUAAUUUCAUAAAUCAAACAAUAACUUCAAUGAAUGAUUUUAAGAAAGAGAAGUUUUAAAUAAUUGAAAGUUAUCAAAAUAAUCCUAAAGAAUUUUUAGAUUAAGUAAAAUCAUAUGUAGAAAAUGAGAUUGCUUAAUUCAUUUAAAAAUUGUUUGAAUAAAUAAUGGAAAUGAAUAAACUUACAGAAUAUUAGUAGUAAUAUCAUUCAUCAAUACUUAAAUUAUAUUAAUAAACUAUAAAUUUUUAUAUUGAGGAUAUAACCUAAAAAAAAUAGUAGCUUUAGAUUAAAAUAAACAAUUACAUAUAAAAGAUGGAUUUAGAUUUACAUCAAUAAAUAUCAAAGUAUAAAUAUAUUUAUGUUUUUAGAUAUUUAUAAAAGCAAUAGGUUUUGGAGUAGUAAUCAAAGUAAUUGAUACAAAGACCAAGUAUAACAAAUUAAUUGUCAUUUAAAUCUAUAAUUGUUUUGAUUUUAAUAAUAGCAUUGAAUCAAAUAAUUAUAUUUUAAUAUUUUAAUGGUAAAAGUGAAUUAUAAUAAUAUAUGGAUAAUUUUUAAUUUAUAGUUAAUGAAUUAUAAAGUGAAAUGGAGUAAAAAAGAGAUUCAUUGUUUUAUGAAUUUAAAAUAGAAUUGCAGUAAUAAAUGAAUAAAAUGAAGGAUCAAAUAGAUAUAUUAAAUUAAAAAGUAAACUAAACUGAAACACCAUUCAAUUAAUUUAAGAAUCAUUUUAAUAGUAAAUUAAAGUAAUAUAAUGAAACAAUUUAUAAUAUAAUUUUUGAAACUGUUAAUUUGUAAACAAAGAGUAUUAAAUAAAUAUAAGAAUAAUUAAUAAUUUAAAAUUAAUUGAAUGAAAAGAUAUUUGCAGAUAAUAAUCGAACAUCAUCUAUUUUAUAUUUGUAAUAAUUAAGAGUCAUAAAGAAUGAGGAAGACUUUAAAAUAUUUAAUAAAAAUAGUAAUUUAAAUUUUGAGAGUGUAUAAAGAUAGAAGACACAACUUAUGAAUAAUAUUAUGAAAAUUCAUAAAAGAAUAUAAAUUUAAAAUAAAGAAAAAAUUAAUGAAAAAUUAAUAGGAAAAAUUCAUGUUAAUUUAAAUGUUAAAGAUUUAGAAAAUUUCAUAAUUAUUUAUGAUGAAUUAUUUACAAAAGUAUUAAACAGAUAAGUAGUCUAAUACAUUUAGAAAAUUACUAAUAAUGAUACAAUUAUAUGUGUUGGAGGAAUGAAAGUAGAAAAUCCAGAAGUAUUAUUAGUAGCUGGUUGUGAUUAUUAAUAGGAAAUAUUUUAAUUUACAUAUCAUUGGUAACAUGCAAGAAAAAGUUAAUAAGGAGAUAUCCAUUGGUAUAUGGUUUAUUAAGUAGCUUUUGGAUUUUCUCCAACAGAAGAAAUUUCUUUAACAUUAUGUGAUGAUUUGGAUUCUAGUGAUCUAAAGAGGUUUAGUUACUGGUUUGAGAAUGGAGAAGAUGGAGGGAGAAGGAUUGGAAACUAAAUUGACCUUAAAAACUCUAUAGAAUAUAAAAUGGUUAUGUAUGCUUUAUGA